GUUAGCUUGAUUUGUGUAAUCAUCGCCGAAAGAUUAAUUGUUAACGAAAAUACCACGUUUGAGCGAUGGAAUUCAGUGAUAUACUUAAUUGUGUUCUUGCAAGAGUCAAGAAAGAACCUUGCGAUUUGUCGCUUAUCAAAAAUGAUUCUGAAAUGAUUGAUGAGAAACCCGAUCUAAAGAACUUCCAACUCUUACCGUUUGUGCUAGAAAAUUCAACCAAUAACCUUCGAAAGUAUGAAGAAAAUAAUGGAAAUGAACUAAAUGAUGAAAUAGAAAUAGUUGUUGAAUGUGAAGACGUCAAGCUCGACAUCGAUUUAUUAGCAGUUGAGAAAAUCAAAGAAGAUAGUUAUAAAACUCAUGACAUAAUUAAAAUAGAAGCCAAGCGGGAAGUAAAACAAGAAAUUACUGACGACGUUGCAAAACAAUCGAAUUUGAACAUUGAAUGUGUACUCGUCGAACAUAAUAAAACAAGAUCAGUGACAAAAAAGUUGGACGACGAACAUAACCUCAGAACACGCAUCAAUACAGUGCAUAAUGAUACAACCCAUGUAUGUGAAAUAUGCCAAAAGAUAUGUUCAGAUAAUAAGUGUAAUCUAAAUAGGCAUGUCAAAUCAUCACAUCGUUGUAUUAGUCAUUCAUGCGAUAUAUGCGGCAAGCCAUUUACAAGGAAGGAGAGUCUCUAAACUCACAUCGGUACGGUGCAUAAAGGUGUCACUCAUUUAUGCAGUAUAUGUGAAAAGACAUUUACACAAAAGACUUGUCUCAAAGUCCACAUAGAUUCGGUGCAUAACGGUAACAAACAUGGGUGUGACGUGUGUGGAAAGAAGUACGGACGAAAAAAUAGUCUCAAGCGCCACAUCAAUGUCGCACAUAAUGGUGUCACUCACUCAUGUGAUGUAUGCGGCAAGACAUUUUCAUUUAAAAGUGAUGUCAAGAGGCACAUCAAUAAGGUGCAUAAUGGUGUCACUUAUACAUGUGACAAUUGCGGAAAGAAAUUCACAACCAAGAGUAAUCUCAAAAUCCACAUAGAUUCGGUGCAUAACGGUAAGAAACAUACGUGUGACGUGUGUGGAAAAAAGUACGGACAAAAAAGUAAUCUCGAGUCCCACAUCGAUGUAGCGCACAAUGGUAUCAGUGGUAUCACUCAUACAUGUGAUAUUUGCGGAAAAACGUACUCACAGAAGGGUAGUCUUAGAAACCACAUUGAUGUGAUGCACAAUGGUAUCACUCAUGCAUGUGAUAUUUGCGGAAAGAAAUACUCAAGUAAAAGCCAUCUCAAAAAUCACAUUGAUGCCGCUCAUAAUGGCGUCACUCACUCAUGUGAUGUAUGCGGCAAGAAAUUUUCAUUUAAAAGGGAUCUCAAGAGGCACAUCGAUGAGGUGCACAAUGGCAUUACUUAUGCAUGUGAUUUAUGUGAAAAAAUGUAUAAAAAUCGAUCUGGUCUCUUUAAACAUGUCAAAUCGUUGCAUAAAGUACCACCUAUGCAUGUGAGAUUUGUGGAAAGACGUUCGGACAAAAAAUAAACCUCAA